AUGACAACAAACGAUUUAGAAAAUCUUAUUCCAUCAAGUCUUUUUACUCGUAUUCUUCUCCAAUCAGGCCAAUAUUCAUCAUCAUCAAAUGCACAACAACCAACACUUCAGUCUGAUACUGAAAAAUUACUUAUUAAUUUUGCAUCAUUAUUUGGUCAAGAACUAGUUUCAAAAUCAUCUUCGAUUGCACAAAGACGAAUAGGAACAUCAUCAUCAUCAUCAACUACGAUCAAUAUAAAUGAUGUUAAUUUUGUUCUAAAACAUCAAUGGCCUAUUUAUGAUAGUUCUUCUUAUAAUCAAAUAUCUGAAAAUUAA